AUGGAUGUCCUACUAGCCUUACAAAGGGCACCUACACCUCCAUCAUCGUCUAACCCUCUUUCAACAUCACAAAAUGGCGCGCCGCCAUUAGCCCAGAAUGGCUCGGAAGCCAACCUCGCUACGCAAAACAACUUGCGAACCCAGGCGGAAGGACAAACAGUCGCCCCGCUCCCUUCGACGGCUCCCAGCCAAAUACCCCCACCGCAAGUUGGAUCCAUCAGCGGAGCUCCCACCGUAGUGACCUCGACUAGCUCUCUUGCUCUCCCGGUAGAUCAGACCCCUUCCCAGCCAUUAACAUUAGAAGUAGCAAAAGAGCACAUACACAGUCUACUUCAGACAAACAAAGGUCACAUCCCCGCCUCCCCAGAAUUGGACCUCCGUCCCCCUUACCCUAUUCACAUCGCAAGUCUUCCAUAUCCAGCGGGAUAUACAGUACCCAAGUUUGUUCGCUUCGACGAACGAAAAGGGAACGCCAAGGAGCAUGUUUCACGCUUUCUUGACGCCCUUGGAGCUCAUCGAGAGGACCGAAACCUCCGCAUGAGGGAAUUCUCCAAAUCCCUCACAGAUCGAGCAUUCUCAUGGUAUGCUAACCUCGCUGCUGGCUCUAUUUCUUCAUGGGAAGACUUGGUAAAAAAAGUUUUACAUCAAGUUCUUCUACGUUGA